AUGACUCGUAAGAGCACGAUUAAUCGUAAAGUGUUUCUUAUGCUUCCUUGGUGUGGCAUCAGUUCAGACGGAAUAAUUAAGUUAACAGCCAGAUUAUUUUGGAUUUUUACAUUAGGAUUUACAGGAUAUUGUCAUUGCCUAUAUUUUGCAACACAUUUAAAUGGGCAGAACUUCUUUAACUUGGUAGAUUGCUUAAGCAGCUUCACAGCAUUCGCAAAACUUUUUACUAAACUCGUUGCGUUUUGGUUGAAUCAACAAAAAUUCGUGGAGAUUAUGAUGUUAAUCACGGACGACUGGAAUGAUUGCGCUGAGAAUGAUAUCGGCAUGCGCGUGAUGACAGACAAAGCAAAGAUAUCAGAUCGUAUCACUAAUAUGAUUUUCAUCCUUCACAUCAUGGCUGUAGCUCCAUAUUUCCUCGUAAUUAUUAUCGCUGAUAUUGAUAUUACAGAUAAAAUCGAGCUGCCGCUUAUGAACAAAUUAGAGUUCCCCUUCAGGGUUAGUACGCAACGAAUGUAUAGAUUUGUGUUAAUAACAGAAUUUAUACACAUGAUGUUUGCAAAUUGUGUGUCUGGUAUUAUAAAUAUCAUAUUUUUGGCUAUGAUUAUGCAUGUAGGUGGUCAAAUGGAUGUUCUGCAACGUUUGCUGGCAGAAUUCAUUCCCAAAGAAAUUGGAGAUAAGCAAAAAUCGGUCGUUAUCACAGCAAACAAAAUAAUUUUGAAACAUCAAAAAAUCAUUCAAUUUUCACAAAAUAUCGAAAGCAUAUAUACAUACAUUACAUUAUUCAUAUUUGUAACAAACACAAUAACCAUGUGCUGUCUAGGUUUUCUUAUCGUAACCGCUAUUGGUACUGCUGAUUUUGUGGAGCAAAUGACGAAAUGUGUUUUAUUUUUUACAUCAACAAACCUGGAGGCAUUCAUAUUUUGUUACGGCGGAGAAUAUUUAAAUAGUAAGAGCACUGAGAUCGGAUUUGCAACGUACAAUUGUGCAUGGUACAAUUUGAAUUCUAAACACAGUCGCAUUUUGUUACUAGUAAUAUUACGAUCACAGAAACAAUUAACGCUAACAGCUGGCAAAAUAAUGGAUCUCACAUUAGACUCUUUUACAAAUGUAAGAUUUAAAAAGAAGAGAAAAUUUGGAUACUUCAUAGCUUUCGCGAAACUUAUCACUAAACUCGUUGUGUUUUGGUUGAACCAACAAAAAUUCGUGGAGACUAUGAUGUUAAUCACGGAAGACUGGAAUGAUUGCGCUGAGAAUGAUAUCGGCCUGCGCGUGAUGACAGACAAGGCAAAGAUAUCAGAUCGUAUCACUAAUAUGAUUUUCGUCCUUCACACGGUGACUGUUGCUCUACAUUCCCUCGGAAUUAUUAUCGCUGAUGUCGAUAUAACUGAUAACAUCGAGCUGCCGCUUUUACACAAAUUAGAGCUUCCCUUCAGUGUUAAUACGCAACGAAUGUAUAGAUUAGUGUUAAUCACAGAAUUUAUACACUUGAUUUUUUCAAAUUGGAUGUCUGGUGUUAUAAAUAUCAUAUUUUUGGCUAUGGCUAUUGGUACUGCUGAUUUUAUGAAGCAAAUGUCGAAAUUUGUUCUAUUUUUCAUAAUAACAAACAUGGAGGCAUUCAUAUUUUGUUACGGCGGAGAAUAUUUAAAUAGUAAGAGUAAAGAGAUCGGAUUUGCAACGUACAAUUGUGCAUGGUACAAUUUGAAAUCUAAACACAGUCGCAUUUUGUUACUCGUAAUAUUACGGUCACAGGAACAAUUAACGCUAACAGCUGGCAGGAUAAUGGAUCUCACAUUACAAUCUUUUACAAGUGUAAGAGAAGAGAAGUAUAGAAAUUUUUGA